UUAACUUAAAGAGGGAAUGGAAAAGAUGAACAUUCUAUUUUUCGGAUUAUGUUCCCUUUUAUCUGAUGUUGGUGCUUUGGUUCUAGCAAUUCGAAGUUCGUUAUAUGGUUAUCCCACCGCCAGCUAAGUCACCGAGAAUAAUAAACUUUCUCAAGCCUUACAUUCUGAAAAUGCACUUCACUAACAAGUUCGUCAGUGCCCAGGUGAUCCAUUCCCCUACUGCGACUGUCGCGUCUUCAGCGAGCUCACAGGAGAAGGCUUUGAGACCGAGCAUGAAGUCGGCUCAAGACGUGGCCGCAGCUGCGAAGAUAGGAAAGAUACCGGGAGAGAGGCUGCUGCUCAAGGGCAUCGCUGCUGUUGAAGUCCACUUGAAAAGAGAACAAAAGUAUCAAGGCAAAGUUAAGGCAGUCAUCGAUUCUGUGAGAGAAGCAAGUGUAAAGUUGCUUUGAGAACUCUUGAACUUAUUGGCCGUAUUUGUUUUAAGAAUUGUGAUAUUUGUUCGAAGGAAUCUUCACUUGAGAAAGAUUGAAAGAGAGUGCAUGAACUUUUUAUGUUGGAGGCUGCUUAUAUUGAUUUCUUCUUUGUAAGAAUAUAAGCAUAUUGAAUGUUUGGGCAUGUAUGCAUCUGAGCAUGUGCUUUCGCGUGUUUGGAUAGAUUAUCAGGGUGAGAAUGAUUGAAAAUGAUGAGCCUGCC